UUCAUAUAGUGCUCUGUUUCUCUCCAUAAACCUCCCACUCUCUCUCUCUCUCUCUCUCUCUCUCUCUCUGGUCCUUUAUAAACACUUCUUCUCUUACUUUCUCAAAUCUUGGAGGAGAAGAAGCAACGAAUUUCGAGGGGAAAGAGAAAACCCAUUUACAUUGAAAGAUAUAUACAGACACAAACAUCGUGUAUUGAUGCAUCGGUGAACCAGAUCUUCUGAGAACAAUUCAACACAGAGCAAUGGCCAUUUCUCAUGCCCUUAACGGCGACAAGAAGCACUGGUGGUUCUCUCACAGAAAGUUGGUGGAAAAGUACAUCAAGGACGCGAGAGCUCUGAUAGCGAGCGAGGACCAUGACAAUGUCGCUUCGGCGGUUCACCUCCUGGACGCGGCCUUGGCGUUUUCGCCGCGUCUCGAGACGGCGCUCGAGCUGAAGGCGAGAUCUCUUCUCUUUCUCCGCCGCUUCAAAGACGUCGCCGAUAUGCUUCAAGGCUACAUCCCCAGCAUCAACGACGAUGAUUCCGCCGCUUCUUCCGACCGUUCAUCCUCCUCCUCCUCCGGUCAUCUCUCUCGCGACCGCGUUCUGCUUCUACCGGACGCGCCGCACGGCCGCGACCCGUCGUUCAAGUGCUUCUCUGUUUCCGAUUUGAAGAAGAAGGUCAUGGCAGGGCUGUGUAAAAACGGCGACAAGGAAGGGCAAUGGAGGUACAUCGUGUUGGGGCAAGCGUGUUGUCACUUGGGACUGAUGGAGGACGCCAUGGUCCUUCUUCAGACCGGUAAACGCCUCGCCUCCGCCGAAUUCCGUCGCCGGAGCAUCUGCUGGUCCGAUGACAGCUUCUCUCUUCUCAUCGAACAUUCCUCCGCCGCAUCUCCGCCGCCCCACCACCUGACCGAGGCCGAGAGCGUCGGCCACCUCAUCGCCCACAUAAAGCUCCUCCUCCGCCGCCGCACUGCCGCGCUCGCCGCCCUCGACGCCGGGCUCUAUACGGAGUCCAUCCGCCACUUCUCGAAGAUCGUCGACGGUCGCCGACCGGCUCCACAGGGAUUCCUCGCCGAGUGCUACAUGCACCGAGCUGCCGCCUACAGAGCCGCCGGCAGAAUUGCUGAGGCCAUCGCCGAUUGCAACAAAACACUUGCUCUCGAGCCGUCGUGUCUUCAGGCUCUGGAGACCAGAGCGUCGCUUCUUGAAGCAAUCCGGUGUUUUCCCGACUCGCUUCACGAUCUCGAACACUUGAAACUCCUCUACAACACCAUUUUACGCGACCGGAAACUCCCAGGUCCGCCGUGGAAGCGACACAACGUGAAAUACAGAGAAAUCCCCGGGAAAUUAUGCGUCUUGACGACCCUAAUCCAGAAACUGAAACAGAAAAUCGCAAACGGAGAAACGGGUAACGUCGAUUACUACGGCUUGAUCGGGGUGAGACGCGGUUGUACUCGAUCGGAGCUCGAUCGAGCGCAUCUCCUGUUGUGUCUGAGGCACAAACCCGACAAGGCCACGUCUUUCAUCGAACGCUGCGAGUUCUCCGACCAAGACGCCGCCGAUUCCGUCAGGGAUCGAGCGAAGAUGUCAUCGCUGCUGCUCUAUCGUUUGAUUCAGAAAGGGUAUUCCACAGUCAUGGCGAACAUAAGGGAGGAAGAAGCCGCCGAGAAGCAGAGGAAGAAUGUCACGGCGGCGCUGGCCGCGGCCCAGGCGGCGGUUCAGGCCCAAACUCCGAAGCAGAACGCUGAAGAACCGAAACCGGUCGAAAGAACCGGUUCGGUAAAGGAAACCGGUAUUGGAGAAACUAAGACCCCGAAUUCGAGCGCGUACCAAGGAGUGUUUUGCCGAGAUCUCGCGGCCGUCGGGAAUUUACUGUCUCGGUCUGGUUUCAACCACGCGAUUCCGGUGAAAUUCGAAGCGCUCAGCUGCUAAGAUACCUGCAGGCGAAACGACGCCGUUUUCACUGAACAAUAUACGGCAAAGGACUCGUCUCCGUACACGAAAAAAUACAGUCAAAAAAAGGGGAAAAUAAUAUUAUAUAAACAUAAAAGAUAUGAAUGGAUGUAUGUAUGUACGUAUGCAUAUGAUUAUUCCCCUGCCGAAAAAAUUUUGUUACUUCUGUCUCCUUCUAAAACGCGUUUGUUGUUUUUCUA